UUUCGUGAGUGAAUUGCAACAACUAAGCUCGACCCGUUGAACCUCUUUCACCAAAGCGCCCCUCUCAGCUCAUUGUUUCGCGGAUCAGUUGUGCGUGGAUCUAAAACCCCACCCAAUGAGGAAGGAAAGACGUGAAGCGAAGCAAUACGGACCGCAAGAAAAUAAGAGGCUUCAAAGCGAUUGUCAUUCAGUAAAGGCGUAAAAUCAAAACACUGCCGUUUAUAUUGCGAUUAUUAAAGACUGAAACGGGCUACAUCUUCGCAUUCCUCCCUUCUGAGCGCCGUGGCGGUGAAGACAGCCAGUCAGCUGAUAUUUUGCUACCAGCUCCUAGUCGCUCUCUCAAGAUGAUAGCCCUGUUUAACAAGCUGUUGGACUGGUUCAAACAGCUAUUUUGGAAGGAAGAGAUGGAGUUGACACUGGUCGGUCUGCAGUAUUCGGGAAAGACCACCUUCGUGAACGUGAUAGCGUCAGGGCAGUUCAGUGAGGACAUGAUUCCUACAGUGGGCUUCAACAUGAGGAAGAUCACCAAGGGCAAUGUCACCAUUAAGCUGUGGGAUAUUGGGGGUCAGCCUCGAUUCCGGAGCAUGUGGGAGAGAUACUGCCGAGGUGUCAGUGCCAUUGUUUACAUGGUAGAUGCUGCAGACCCAGAGAAGAUUGAGGCCUCGAAGAACGAACUACACAACCUCCUAGACAAACCCCAGCUACAGGGGAUCCCAGUACUGGUUUUAGGGAACAAAAGAGAUGUUCCAGGUGCCUUGGAUGAGAAGGAGCUGAUUGAGAGGAUGAACCUGUCAGCCAUCCAGGACAGAGAGAUCUGCUGUUACUCUAUCUCCUGUAAGGAAAAAGACAAUAUUGACAUCGCACUACAGUGGCUGAUCCAGCAUUCCAGAACCAGGAAGACAACAACAUGAGGGCUCAACUCCCUGGACGACCCCGUCUCCCCUUCCUCCCCCUCCAGGACCUCUACCCUAAGACCAACCCUACCCCUCCUUCUCUCUUCCUCUUCUCCUCCCUUCUCUUAUCACCCUGGUUCCAUUUCCAGCCCCUUCCUUUAUCUCCUACACCUUUGGGUGUUAACAGAUCUGAGAGGGUUGGAUAGGUGUGAGCAAUAUGUCAGAAUAUGGACCCAUCAUCACAAUGCUUAUACAAAUCAAAUCAAAUGUAUACAUAUCUAAUAUUUUCAGAUCUGUGAACAUGGAAUAGAUAGAGACUAGGAGAAGGGGCUGUCCUCUCAUUCUCAGCUCUCCUUUCUUCUUACCCAUCUGUGAUCCCUAUAUUUUACUCUUUAAAAACAGCCCUUCCUCCUCUCUACCUGAUUCCGUUCUUGUAAAGAGUGUGUGAAAAACUAUGAUUUGCACUGUUUAAAUUGUUUUGUAUUCUACCUAUAUGCAUUUUUUACACCAUGUACUUCAGACUGGAUAAAGUGGACUCUUGACAGUCA